AACAUCACUGUAACUUGUAAGUUCGGAGAUAUCGCGGUCCUGAAGACGAAAUGAAAUGUACUUUGAAGACCUCUACAAAUCAUGAUGUUGCGUAGAACGCUGAUGAGGUCUUCGCGACUUUCAUAGGAUCGCAUUCCGCAGUGGCAGUAGCGCAGAUUGAGAAGCGUAAGAGAAGACGUUCCGUCGGACCAUAGGACCGCAUCUUUUUUAGAGUUGAUGCAGGAUAUGUUUGCUGUCACUGUACGAUUCCCGAGAGACUCGGGGUUGCUCUGGAUUGCGCUGCAGGGGAGUGGUAGACGAUCUAGAGGCCGCCGACAACAUUUGAUGAAAGACUUUUCGACCGAUGAAAAUUGAAGAGAGGCAGAGUGGUCCGCCAAUGAUCGGAAUGGGCGAGGAGAUGGUUUGAGGUGCGCUGAUGUAGAAGCAUGGGAGGUACAGUAUGCUGCUGGACAGUGCAGACCAAUUGAGGUACGGAGAGGACCCCAGAGGGACAACAAGACGUCGGUUAGAGGGGGACCCCGUGGACCGCAGCGACCUGUCGAGCGCCUAGAGAGGAGCCGGGGAGUGUUUUGGGAUGUUUGUGUGGAUGUUCCGCAUCAGUUUUGGAGGACGUUAUCCCUGGUCACCAUCGUCUACACUCUUCACUGAGCUCUCCCACCUCUCCCCGGCCUCCUGCUGCCAUCCGGAAACCCUUCCCGCUCCUUUCUUUUUAUUUCUUAAUCUCCCUCUCCUCCUUUGCCCUCGUCUCCUCCUACUGUUUGCCAUGGGUUGCACUCAAUCUUCUCCUGUUGAUGAUGAGGCUAGGGCCCGCAAUGACGAGAUCGAGAGCCAGCUCAAACGGGAUCGUAUCAUGGCAAAGAACGAGAUCAAGAUGUUGCUGCUUGGUGCUGGAGAGUCCGGAAAGGUUCGACUGUACUUAAACAGAUGAAGCUCAUUCACCAUGGUGGAUAUAAUGAACAGGAGCGGGACUCUUAUAAGGAGAUCAUCUUCUCUAAUACCAUUCAAUCGAUGCGUGCCAUUCUCGAGGCGAUGCCCCACCUGGACAUUCAGCUCGCCCCACAAAACGACGCCCGACGGUCGAUCAUUCUCAGCCUACCACCUCAACUUGAAGGCGACGUCUUGCCGGGAGACAUUGCGGACGCUCUGCGCGGGCUAUGGAGAGACCAGGGCGUCAGGGAGGCUGUAUCGCGUUCACGCGAGUUCCAGCUCAAUGACUCGGCGACAUACUAUUUCAACUCGUUGGACCGCAUGUCAGCACCAGGGUACUUGCCCACAGAUCAAGAUAUCCUGCGGUCGCGAGUGAAAACGACUGGUAUCACGGAGACCACGUUCAAGGUCGGCGAGCUGACGUACAAGUUGUUCGACGUGGGAGGUCAACGUUCGGAACGGAAAAAGUGGAUCCACUGCUUUGAGAACGUGACGGCACUGGUGUUCUUGGUGUCGUUGAGCGAGUACGAUCAGAUGCUAUACGAGGAUGAGAGUGUCAACCGUAUGCAAGAAGCGUUGACACUGUUUGAUUCGAUAUGCAAUUCACGGUGGUUUGUCAAGACGUCUAUUAUCCUGUUCCUUAACAAGAUCGACCUGUUCGCCGAGAAGUUGCCCAAGUCGCCGCUAGGCGACUACUUCCCAGACUACACGGGUGGUGACAACUACGACGCAGCGUGUGCAUACCUCCUGAACCGGUUCGUGUCGCUCAACCAGAGUGCAGCGACGAAGCAAAUCUAUGCGCAUUACACUUGUGCGACGGAUACUCAGCAAAUUAAGUUCGUGCUGAGCGCUAUCCAGGAUAUCCUGCUACAGCUGCAUCUGAGAGAAUGUGGAUUGCUCUAGACGGUGGGGACGGGAGGGUACAUAAUUGGAUGAUCAUUCAUAAUUUCUGUUUGUUUUCCUUCUGAUCCGGACCGACCGACCCUACCAUGCCUCAUCUAAUGUCUCCCUGCGCCUGUUCUUCCCCCAUCUCUCUCUCCCCCUCUCUGACGCGAGCUAUAUCAGGCUUUUUGUGGGCUUUUCUUUCCGCAUUUGCAUUUUUUUUUCUUUCUUUUCGCGCUGCAUCAUGUAUCUCGGAGCUUUUCUCUCUCUGGCGUGGCUAUAUAUCCCAUUUGUUUUCGUCGGUACCCACCUAACCCCGCCGUAUCGACAUACAUACACCCCCCACCUGCCUCCUCUCACUGUGAUACGCAAAACCCCCCCUUCUGUUUUUCCUUGCGCGGUCUCUUUUCCUUCUGCGAGGUUGGUUUUUUUAUUUUAUUUUAUUCUAGUGAUUACCGAUAUAUCGUUGUCUUUGUGGUUUUCGACGCUCUCCCCCUACUCUCGGCUUUCCUGUUCCUUACUUCCCUCUCCGGUAGUCUUCUUUCCAGCUUAUUACCGGUUGUUUAUAGUGUGUAAUAUACUUUUUUUUCUUCUUACACUUACCUUAUACAUUUAGUUCUUCUCGCGUUCGGAGCUUUCCUCGUCUCGAGCCUUCACCGAGUUCGUUUUGUCUUUACACAUCUGCAGGUCGUCGAGUUCGGUGCAAGUUGCCCUGCUUUUCUAACAGUCGCCGUUUUCAUAUUCCCUCGAUUGAAUUCCUAAUGAUACCACUUCAAUUCUAAAGCAAUCCCUAGCUUGCAAGUUUUGAGAAACUCUCUCACACCCACGGUCCUUUUUUCAUUUUUUCCCCUUUGCCGCAAUUGCACAUAUGGUGCAUGCAGGCGUUUGAUGUACAGGAUGCUAGAGAGAAAAAACCAUAUGCUUCGCAGUAACGCAAAUAGAUUUAACUUUUGUGC